AUGCAUCUUAAUUGGUUACUUAUUACUUGUUUAAUUGUUCUUUUGUCUGUUGGUUUGACAACAAGAACGAUUGAUGCAAGUAAAAAAUCAAAAGAGGAAAGUGAAGAAGAAGAAGAAUCACAGUCAACAGACUCCGAUUCAGAUUCGGAUGAUGAUGAUAAUAAAAAAGCAGUGUUCAUCGCACGUGAAAAAGCUUCGAUUUUUCUCUCCUACAAUGAAUGUAUACGACGAAUGAAUUGUGGCAGAUCACGCAAAGAAGAAUGCAGUGAAGAAUGUGCUGAUGGUAAUACUGAAGAAGAAAUGGAAGAAUAUAAUGAAAUAUUUGAACAUAUUGAAGAAUAUCGAUCAGAUUCAAAAAAAAAAUCAUCAAAAAAAUCACAUAAAAAAUCAUCAUCAUCAUCAUCCGAUAGUGAUGAUAGUUCAUCAGACACAACAACAACAACGACAGAUAAUGAUGAAAGUGAUCCAAGUAGUGAAGAAGAAAAUACAUCAGAUGAUAAAAAUAAAAAAUCUAAAUCAACAAAACAAAAUUAA